CCAAAAGUGAAGCUACAAUAUUGAAGACGACGAAACCGAAGAUGUGUUUUAUAAAAGGCGUACUUUUUCUGAUAUUUCUAUCGCACGCAACAGCAGUAAUACCCAAUUAUAUUCACGUCUGCGAAGCUAACGAUCCAGAGAUUUCAAAAUGUAUAGUUAAAGUUAUAAACGAGAUCAAACCGAAGCUGCGAGGCGGCAUUCCCGAACUGGAUGUACCGGCAAUGGAACCUCUGCAUUUGGACGCGAUUCGGCUAAGAAGAGGAGUUCAAUCUAAUAUUACCGAUUUGAAGGUUUUUGGAGCUUCAAGUUUCCAAAUCCUCGAAUUAAAAGCGCAUAUUCCAUCGAAUACGUUCACUUUCAAAUUGAAGAUUCCCAGGCUAGAAUUCGGCGGAAAAUAUGAACUUAACAUGAACCUACUCUUCAUUACUUUGCAAGGAAACGGCCCAAUCUACGGAAACUUCACUGAUUACGCAGUAGACGUGUUCAUGAAGGGAAACAAAAUUAUGCAAAACGGAGAGGAAUAUCUAAAAUUCGAUAAAAUGAAAUUGAACGUCCGUUUGGGGGCGGCCCAAUUGCGUUUGGAAAACUUAUUCAACGGAGAUAAGUUUCUCGGCGACGCUACGAACGCAAUAGUCAACGAUAACAUUGACAUAUUCAUCAACGAAAUAAAGCCGUCGUUGGAAAACGCACUUUCCGAGAAAUUGACAGACAUAGCCAAUAGGAUAACAUUGAGGUUUACCUAUAAAGAGCUAUUCUUAUGAGCAACGAUGAUUCAAAUCGUUGCAUAUUUAAUUAUCUGUGAUUCUCAAAUUGUCCGUCAUGCAUUUUUAUUGAACAAAUACGAAGUGCGGAAGAAACUCAUCUAUAAUUGAUUUUUUUAACGCACGGAAAACCCGGCGUUCGUAUAAGGAAAUUAACUCGACAAAUAGUGAAGUGUGAUUGCUGCGGUUUCUGCAUAAAUGAAUACACUAAUUAUAGAUGCUGGACAUGUUUCGUAAUUAUGCAAUGUUUAUCUUCAUUAUUGCGCAACGAAAUAACGAAAUAAAAAUAA